UGGGUGCGGUCACCAAGGCAGACGGGCAGGGGCGGAGGGAGGCUGGGCAGGUGAUAGGGUGGCCGGGCCACAGCGUGCCCCAGGGGGCCUGGCUGGCGAAGAAAAAAGAAGCGUGCCUAUACUCUGCCGCGAGGCACUGGCCAGACUCCAUCCGUGCCAAGUCCCCUCCGAGCCAGCGCCGGGGACUCCGGAGGCACCAGGAGGAGGAAGGUGCGCCCGCGUGGGGAUGGUUUUGGUCAGGAGAGCAGGCUGGCCGGCCCACAGCAGUAACAGUGGACGCCGGAGGGGACCCUCUGCCUGCCGCAGCCCCCCCCCCCCGCCUCUGAGUUUCACAGUUCCUGCUUCCCUCGCUGGCUCAGAGCCCCCAAGAGACUGCUGCCAGAUGUUCCUGGCGGCCCCACGUCGCCUCCCUAAUGAAAUAUUCAUGGGGCCUUUCUGCCUCUUGACAUAAAGCCUUCCGUAGCUCCACACACCAUGGAGAUGGGGCCGGCCUCCCAACAAGCCCAGGAAGGAGUGGGCACCCGGCCAGCCCCACCCCCUGUGCCAACCCUGGGUGCCCACUCCCAGUGCGCCAACCCCAGCUGCCCACUGUGCCUCCCGAGACAGAGGCUGGGCCUCCGCCUCCCUUUUGCCCUGCUAAGGGUCAGGGGUCCGGCUGCCUACACCCCCGUCUGCCUCCUGAGAGCCCAGUGCCAGCUGUGUGGGCACAUCAGCCCUGGGGCUGAGCUCUGGAGGGAGGACAGCCGCCACCCGGCACAGGAGGGAGCCAGAGCCACCCUCACAGGCCUGGGGAGGACAGGCUCUAACUCUCUCUUCCUUCAGUACCUUGGCGGCCGACAGCUCCCUACCCCAUGCCAGCAAGGCUGGGCUCCUGCAGCCCACCUCGCCCCUUGCUGUGUGGCGGCUAGCCUGGCCUGGCCUCGCGCUGACCUGCUGUCAUCUGUCCACGCCUCUGUCCAUGUACUCAUGCACCCGGUGCCGGCAGGGAGCCGGCUCGCACCAGGUCCAGUGCAUGGAGACCAGACUUCAUGCCCAGCCCUGCGCUCCGGGUGUUCACGCACCCCCAGCCAGGCAGUGAGGGCGGAGGAGCUCGGGCCAGGGCUGGUGAGGCCAAGAAGGACGAGGUGGACAGGUUUCCAGGGGCCUGGGAGCUGUGUGAGGAGUAAAAAGGGGCCCGGCUGCGAGUUCCUCACAGAGGGGACCUUUGUGCCCCAGGUCAAAGGAGAGGGGGUCCGGUCCAGGCCAGCCUUUGCUCAGUCCACAGGCCCUGUCUGGCUCUGCCGGGCCUCCUCACGGCCCUGGGCUGCAGGUGGUGGCCACAGUGAGGCCCCUCUGGGUCAGAGUCUGCCCCACAUGGGGUGCCCUCUCUGGGUGGCUAGCCCUGGGCUCCCCUCUGGCUGUGCAGGGCCAGCCUCAGCUGUGAGGAGCCCAGCGGGCUUGCUGGGGGCCGCAGGGUUGCCCUGGCCUCUGGGACUCCCACGCCCUCCUUGCUCCUGGCCUCAGGUCAAGCCUUUGUCUUCAGUGGGCAUCUCAACCUUAACUGUCACCUAGAGCGGCAGGGAAAGGGUUACACGACCAUUCACAGAGGCACUCAGCCUCCGCAUUAGGGGAGAGAGACCUGAAGAGAGACCACGUUGCUUCCCUGAGGCGACCAGCGGGAUGGGCCAGAGCCAGGAAGGAGGCUGCCAUGUGUGUCCUGGAGCCCACGGCCAGCACAAGCAGCCGGGACCCUCCCGGGAGCCAGCUCCUUGUCCAGGACACCCCAGCUCUCCUGAGCUUACUGACCAGGGAUUUGGCCAGUGCCCCUCCCCC